AUGGCCGAGGCCUUCGCAGCGCUCGGCAUCGCGGCCAACAUCUUUCAAUUUCUCGAACUCGGCUUCAAAGCCACACAAACCAUCAUCGCGACGUACCGCGACAUUGAUAUUGAUGGAAUUGCUCAGCGCAACGGGGAAAUUGCGCUUACGUGCUCCGAUUUCGAGGAACAUUGCCUCCGGCUGAAGAAAGACAAGGCUGUAGUGAAGGAUGAUGACUUGGCCCCGCUGUUGACAAGGUGCAUCAAAACAGCGACGAAACUGAGUACCGAGGUUGACCGUUUGAGGUUCCCUCAAUCUCAGCGCCACCGAAUGUUGACCAAGGUUAAGAUUUCAAUCUUUUCUUAUUGGAAACGUAACAUGAUAGAAGGCCUCCAAGCCGAUUUGGUCGAUAUCAGGGCGCAGAUCUGUUUCAGGCUUCAAGGGCUAUUCUACGAACAUCAUCGUUCCCUUGCGAUAUCUGUGGACGCCUGGGGACAAGCGUCAAAGGCGUGGAAUAGGGUCACUGAACAGAAAUUGGAUGUUAUGGCCCAGCAGGUAAAGGACCUUUUGAAGUGGGAGUCGAAGACAGAAUCUGGCGGAGUAAAUGAAUUGGCUCAAGCCCUGACAGCAUCCGCUGAGGAAGCCAAAAGCCAUGGCAUCACUAGGGCUAUCCUCGAAAGUCUUCAUUUCACGCAAAUCAAGGAACGACAAAACGAGAUCCCCAAAGCACACAAGGACACUUUCGAUUGGAUCUUUCACGAAAAUGGCCCUGGCAACUUCGUGAAUUGGCUUAAAGGGUCUAACGGCAUCUUUUGGGUCACAGGCAAACCUGGCUCUGGAAAGUCGACAUUGAUGAAAUUCAUCUCAGGCCACGAGACGACGAAACGUCUCGCAAUGGCGUGGGCGAACCCUAAGCCACUCUUCAUCGCUAGCCACUUCUUUUGGUUUGGGGGAACUAAACUACAGAAAUCCCUAGAAGGCUUGCUGAGGACGUUAUUGUUCCAAAUUUUAUCCACUGCCCCGGAUGUCAUCAGCAAAGUAUUACCGGAUCGCGUAUUGGGACAAUUUCAAUACCUGGAGUCAUGGACCCUAGAAGAUCUUUAUGAAGCAUUUGAUCAUCUUCAAACCCUUAAGACAUUUCCCUACCGCAUCCUCAUCCUAGUCGAUGGGCUUGAUGAGUACAGUGGCCAGGUUACCGAUAUAACGACAUUCCUGCAUACUAUCACGAAGUCGCCCGAGAUUAAGGUCUGCUGUGCCAGUAGACCCUGGCAGGAGUUCCACAACGCGUUCAGCAAUGCAUACGGUCAAAUUGAAAUGCACAGUCUCACGUCCGAGGAUAUGCGGCUCUACGUUCAAAACACUUUAGAACAGAACGAACAAUUUAAGACGCUUCAGUCAUCACAUCAAGCGCAAGGAGAAAUGCUGAUCGAUUCUAUCUCAACGAAAGCUGAAGGAGUGUUCUUUUGGGUUUCUCUAGUUGUGAAAUCACUUCUAAGAGGCCUCGAUAACAACGAUGGGCUCGAACUUUUGCAAAGAAGGGUCUCUGAAUUUCCCCGUGGUCUUGAACCUUUCUUGAAGAGGAUGGUCGAAUCUAUUGAAGACGUGUACAAGCCUGAGGUGGUCAGAGUCUUCUCCAUGUUGCUGAUGGCCAAUGCGCCAUUGCCUUUAAUAUUGUUCAGGGCUCGAAAUUCCAAUUUAGUUCUGGAAAUGGAGACGAAGAGCUCGAGCACCGGAAGUUCCCGGUGUGAGACACUGCGAGAAACUGCCAACGCAAGAAACAACCAGCAGUCACUUCACCAUGGCGAGCUACAGACUGGUGAUCCAGGUAUCAUUGACGAGAUCAACCUCUCCAAUGACUUUGAUGGGGGCACGAGAAGUCUCCUUCGGUACAAAGAAAGACUGCUAUCACAUUGUCGUGAUCUGGUUCAGGCAUGGCAAGUCGCCAACUCUGACCUCCCCUACCAUCACACCAACAUUCGAUUGGGCUUUCUCCACCGAACGGUGGUUGAGUUUCUCCAACAGAGAGAGAAUUGGCCUGCGAUUGAUGACCGAAUCUAUCUUGAUCGAUACUUCUUAGCGAGAUCCUGCCUCUGCGUUCUUUCGGCCACCACGAUCCACAAAAAUGUCAAUACGGACUUCAUACGAUGGUUUUUAUACAUUCUUCAAGAGACGAGUUCUUGGACCGAUGACCUGGCUUACAAUGAUGGCUACAUGCUGUUUCGUCGAUGCGAAGAGCUCAUACAAGUCCUCAACACCGGCACAGAAUCCCUCCUGGGACGUAAGGAUGUCAAUGUGGAUGGACUUUUUCGAUUACUAGCAAUUUCUCAGGCACGCAUACUAAUUCAAAAAUAUCAAUACGAGCAGAGCGAUCAACACGCCAAUUACAUCCAAUACUACGAGGACCGAAAGAGCGAUUCUAUCCUACGACAUAUCCUUCGCGGCUCAGGGUAUAUUGAAGUUGGUGACCGUCCUCGGGAAGUCAUGUCGGACUUUGUCGACUUGGAGUUGCUGAACAACGUACUCAAGAUCGACGGAUUCAAGAAACACAUUGUUCAACCCCAAAAUAGCGGGAGGUGUCCCCGUUUGCUCAGCGUCUGGGAAACAUUUUUCACCAGACUCUCAAGUCCGGCCCACGAAUUGAGACCACGAAACGGAUACGAAGCAUGCGAGAUAAUGGCCAAGAAUGGGGCGGCAAGAGUGGCAUUCAUACCUGGCCAAAGAGAUGUCGACGUGAUGCAGCAUCUGAGGGAAACCAAUACCUUUCCCGAGGAUAAAAUUAGAGCACUUGAGUCAUUGUUCCCAUCAGAUACGUCCGCCGAUCAAAGACAGCCGAAGAAGAAAGGAAAAAGGCCUGCUCGCCGUAAGGGUAAAAAGAAAACAUAG